AUGAGUGGCUCAGAGAGUUCAGAUCUGCAGGUGCCCCCCCAGCGAGAGGAUGACCUCAGAAGCCCAUCAGAGCUCUUACUGACGGUGCCACCCAGCGUGAGGCAUUCAGAGGAUGAGUGCGCCACUCGGAGAAACACCAGGGCUUUUCAAGAAAAUAGCGGGAACAUCCCAAACGCGGACACACACGGACCUUACAGUUUCUCUAACUACACAUCGGCGAUCGAGCAUAUCAAGCAGAAGAUCACCAGAGAGGAAAUCGGCUUUGUCCGUUUCGAAGCGACAGAUCUGCAUGGUGUGUCACGAUCCAAGAUGGUCCCUGCUCGCUAUUUCCAGGAAAAAGCUAUGCAUGGCAUAGCAAUUCCAAGAAAUUAUCUGGAACUGACCCUGAGCCCCAAGGACAAUGAGGUGGACCACAUAAAUGCAGCCAACUUCAACAGCGAUGUUUUGCUUAUGCCUGACCUGUCCACCUUCCGGGCCCUUCCCUGGGCCUCUCAGACUGCACGGGUCAUCUGUGACUCCUGCUCAGUUACAGGCAACCCCCUUCGCACGUCUCCUCGCCUUGUUGCCAAACAGCUGCUAAGAAGUCUGCAUAACCUGGGCUUUUCUCUGCAGUCCUCCUUCACCUAUGAGUGCUGUGUCUUUGGGGCACCAGAGAAAAUCAACCCCAAGAUGUUCUUCUUUCCUGGAGCGACUCUCAUGAGCAAUGACCUGUCCUUCUUCCAGCAGCUCAUCAACAGCAUGUACUUCAUGGGAACGGACGUAGAGAGCUUUGCCUCAGCUAAUGGGCCAGGUCAGAUGGAAAUUUCCUUCCAGCCUGAGUUUGGUAUCUGUGCUGCGGACAGUGCCUUCACCUUCCGCACCGGUAUCAAGGAACUUGCACGCAAGCAAGGUUAUAUUGCCAGUUUCUUUACUGACGACGGAUUCUAUAACUCUGGAAUAUUCUCUCAUAGUGUAUGGGAUGCAAGUGGAAGGAGGAACCUUUUCUUUUCAGCUGGAGGUGAGCUGUCAGAGAUUGGGAAAAAGUGGCUUGCCGGACUAGUCCACCACUCUGCUGCCCUCAGCUGCUUCAUGGCCCCGGGUGUGAGCUGCCGACGCCGCCUCGCUAAAGCUGCAAAAGAGCCGAAACAUACCAUUUAUGCCACAUGGGGAUGCAAUGACAACAGCUGCAACUUCAACAUCAAGUCUCAUGGCAGCAGGGGAAUGCACAUAGAAAACAGACUGGGGUCAGCAAUGGCCAACCCUUACCUUGUUCUCGCAGUAACGCUGGCAGCAGGUAUAGAUGGUAUCAAACAAAACCUCUCGGUCGACGCUGAUCACACUGGAAACCUGAUCCAACAAAAAAAAGUAGUCAUUCCAGUGAAACUGGAAGAUGCCUUGACUGCUUUAGAUGAAGACGACAUCAUCAAAGGAGCCCUGGGAGAUACAUUUGUGCAAUACUUCAUAGCCAUGAAAAAAUAUGAGAUCGAAACAGAGGAACUUGAUACAGAGAGGAACAAGUGCCUGGAAUAUUUUAUAUAAGACUGUUAUUACAAGCUUCACUUGUAAUACGAGCGUCCGUUACAUAAGAAUUCAGACUGACUACCACCUAUAAUUAGGCAGAAAUUUGCUUAACAGGCGCAGACUCACAAUUACAACAAGAGAAAGUGC